AUGGUGACUCUUCACAACGUCGAGUCCAAAGAGGACAUGCAAAUACACUCUGAAGAACCAUCUCCUACAGGCGACGCAUCAUUUAUUCCCCAGCACGCUAGUGGCCGCCGUCGCUCCAGCUUCAUCGAUGUCGAUAAUCCUCUGCGUGGUGUAGAGCUCGAAGUCGCCGUGCAACGCUUCGCCAUCGAAACAGGCCUUUCCAGUCUCUAUCCAGUCCUUCUCCGAGGCGCCUAUCUUGCUGAAGAUCCAGAUAACUACCACAAUAUCGAAGGGCUAUCCGAGACUGAUGUGAACGCUCUCAAAUGCGAGGACGAGGAAACAAAACCGCUGAAGAUACUUGCAAAAGUGUCUAAACAGCUGCGCACUAUCAUCAUAACGUGUAGUGUGGCCGCUAUUACCCAGGGAUGGGACCAGGUGUCCAUGAGCGCAGCAAACCAGUACUGGCCACCCGAACUUGGACUGGAUAUGCAUCAGAACCGUGACAUUUGGCUAUUUGGCUUCAUCAAUGCCUGUUCCUUUCUCUGUGCAGGUCUAGUCGGAGCUUGGCUCAGCGAUCCCCUCAACGAAUAUCUCAUGGGCCGACGCUCAGUCAUAUUUGUUGCAGCCAUAUUUUCCCUCAUCCCCAUGAUCGGUGCCGCUGUCUGUCAAAAUUGGAUCCAACUCUUAAUUUGUAGGUUGUUAUUGGGUAUUGGCAUGGGUUGCAAGGCUGCAGUUGUACCGAUUUACGCAGCCGAAACAGCGCCAACCAAGAUUAGAGGAGGCGUUGUGAUGAACUGGCAGUUGUCUGUUGCGAUUGGAGGAGUUCUCGGGAGUUCAUUCAACCUAGCCCUCUUCGAUAUCGAGAAGCUCAAUUGGAGGCUUCAGUUAGCGGUCGCGGCCCUUCCAGCGAUUCCACUGCUCUUCUUGAUAUACACAUGCCCUGAGUCACCCCGAUUUCUCAUCAAGAAGAGAAAAUGGAGAAUGGCAUUUGAAUCGCUCAAGAACCUAAACCAAACGGAAGUACAGGCCGCCAGGGAACUGUUCCUUAUCCACGUACAGAAUGAGCUCACUCAGAUCAAGUGGUAUGGAAAGGAGAAAUCAGAGGAAUUGUUGAAUAAUUUGUUCCCGCGCGCAACCGAAGACGAGCUGACCAGGGGAACGAAGAAGUCAGAUGACAAGGCUUUGACGAUCAAGGCCAUCCUGAAUGAGAAAGCCGGCACUUACAUCAAGCGACUCGCAAACCUCUUCACGGUGCCCCGUAUUCGAAGAGCAACUACUGCUGCAGCUGUAGUGAUGAUAAGCCAGCAGCUCUGUGGAAUCAAUGUGAUCGGCUUUUACUCUGGCACGAUCCUGCCGGCACCAAACCCAGAUGAUCCAAACUCCGUCAAGUCAAGUAAUAGACACGGACUUUGGCUUGGCUGGGGCUCCUGGAUGAUUGGAAUGAUCAUGGCGAUUCCCGCCUUCAUGACUAUUGAUCGAUGGGGUCGUCGAACGCUCUGUCUUGUUUCGACACCAGUUCUAGGACUAUGUCUUUUUGCUGGGGGUUUCUGUUUCUGGCUCGAGCCUGAUACUCCUGCCUACCUUGGCAGUUUGUUCUUCUUGAUCUUCUUGUUCACUGCUGCAUAUCCUCCUGGUCUUGGGGUGGUACCGUUCACAUAUUCAGCCGAAGUGUUUCCAACCGUGAACAGAGAGGCUGGCAUGUCACUAGCCGUCUUCAUCAACCUUUUCGGGGCCGGUAUAUUGGGCCUCUUUGUCCCUUGGCUACAGGAUAGUCUUGGUGCUCUUGGGUUGUUCGAGUUGUUUGCCGGGCUCAACGUCCUUGCAUUUGCCCUGAUAUUCAUCUUCGUCUAUGAAACGAAACAGGAGCGCUUGGAGAAGAUUGACAACAUAUUUGAAAUUCCUGUCGGCACUCAUUUGAAGUACCAAUUGACUGCGGUCAUUCCCUGGUGUUUUAGACGUGUGUUCCGUCGCCGCCGCAAUAAACGUGCUAACCUAGAUUCACUGGUUUUAUGGAAUAAGAAACGAAAUCGCCGCGUCGUUUCGGAUGACGAGAGUUCAAUCAGAUCGGAGGACACGGGAACAUAG